CGCAAGUUAUUCUAGUCAGAAUCAGUAACCAACCCGUAGCGGAUAAAUCUCUGGCCGCAGCCACCAGCGGAUUGUAAAAGAAAAGGUGUAAGAUUUCAGGGAAUGUGUAACGUCAACUGCGUCUUAUUUGGCCAAUAGAAACGCGAUCAUGGCCUAUUAUUUGUGUGACAUUAGAUAAGGGAGUGCACCUUACGUCCCGGAGCAUGGCGGUGACGUAUUCUGCUUUACAGCAUCCAGUUUGAUGCUGUGAGAUAUCGCUCGGAAACGAUGGAUUCACCUCGCCGUUUUCUGGACACGGACGACUUCAAUGAAAACGCGACAUCCCGCGGUUUGAAUGAAGCGACAGGGUCCGGCGCCAUGGUAACCAGCGCGUUAAGAAACGAUCUGGGCUCAAACAUUCACGUGUUAAAGACCUUAAAUCUCCGCUUUCGCUGCUUCCUUUCCAAAGUACACGAGCUCGAGCGCAGAAAUAAGUUAUUAGAGAUCCAACUCCAGCACGCCCAGGAGAAGUCCCAGUACCGGCUCCUGUUUUGCCGGGAUCAAGCGGUCCAGACGAACCUCGAGCUGCCUUUUGCGGACAGACUGUGUCAUUCAAGACUGCCCGGUCGGAUUUGGAAUUUCUCCCACACCGGCAGAUACGGAGGACGAUACGAGACCCAUCACGGGCCCGGAGUGUCUUGGGUUCAUCCAGAUGGUGUCGGAGUUCAAAUUGACACCAUCACACCUGAACUCAGGGCCUUGUAUAACGUUUUGGCCAAAGUCAAGCGAGAAAGAGACGAGUACAGGAGAAGAUGGGAGGAGGAGGUAUCCAAACGUCAGCAAAUGGAGUCCUUGGUGGAGACCUUACAAGAGACCGUUCAGUCAUCUGAAGCUGUUCAAGAAGAACUGAAUGACAAGAUGGAUCGUCUUAAAUCUGAGCUGGUGGUCUUCAAAAGCCUCAUGCCUCACGAUGCAGUGUCUGACUUGGACACUAAAAUCCAGGAGAAAGCCAUGAAGGUUGAUAUGGACAUCUGUAGACGCAUUGACAUCACAGCCAAGCUCUGUGACGUAGCACAACAGAGAAACUCUGAAGACGUGUCCAAAAUAUUACACAGCGGUCCAUCCAGAGCUCCUCCAGAGCAGAAAGGGGGUAUGGUAUGUAGGAAAAAGGAGUGUAAGGCUAUGUCAGAGGAGCGAGGGGAGACAGACGCUAAUCCUGGUCCUAUUGAGGAGGAGAUGUCUGGAUCCCUCAACAUCACUGAUGAGAUGAAGCGCAUGCUUAACCAGCUAGGUUGCUCAGCUAAUUGGUUUGUUGGCAGGCGGGAAACUUUCGAGUUGGACGAUGACUGUGACAGUCUGGCAUGGGAGGAGACAGAAGACACUCUUUUGCUUUGGGAUGAUUUUAGCAACUACCACAGUCUGAACUUAACCCCUAACACCACAGCUGCUACUGGCUCGGUUACCACGGUGACCUCCGUCUCCGACUCCCAAGGAGAAUCCCAUGAGCAGGACAAAAGUCUAGGAAGUCUUAUAAAUGAAACAGAGUCCCUCUUUAAGACCAGAGAGCAGGAGUAUCAGGACACCAUCGGACAGAUUGAACUGGAACUGGCCACGGCCAAGAAUGACAUGAACAGGCACCUGCAUGAGUACAUGGAGAUGUGCAGUAUGAAGAGAGGGCUGGAUGUGCAGAUGGAGACCUGCAGGAGACUCAUCCAGGGCACGGCCACCACCGGCAGACAUUCUCCCUCACUCAGCUCUGUGGCCAGUAGUGAUUCAGGAAACACGGAUGAUAUUCAGGAUGAACUGGAGCAGGAUAAAGUUAAAGACGGAGAGAAAGAAGGCCCGGUGGAGAUGAACGGAGAAGUUAGAUGAUGAUCGGUCCUUUGUGCGAACCAGCCCAUUUUUAGGGACUCUGGUCACAGUUUUUUACACAGUAUGGAUGAGUGUGGAAUUUUAGAUUUCCAAAGAGCAAGUAUCGGUGCUUUAUAUGCCGUGUAGAGCGUGAGCAGCCUUCAUCAGCACUGCCAAGGCAUGGCUUCACAGUCUUCCUAUAUAGCUUUAACUGCAUUCACAAUACUCUUAAAUGUGAGGUCACACUCUUUACACUGUGAUAGAAAACAUGCACAUACAGUUGUGUUAAAUGCAAAAUUUCGGUUAUCAUGAAUCUUAAAGGCAGGUUGUCACUAAAUAGAUGACAUAAUAUACACUGAAUUAUACAAUUAUAAAUGCAACACUUGUUUUUGCGCCCAAUUUUUAUGAGUUUUUAAUGUAAACAAAAGGACUAUGUCUCUAAAAUAUUGUUCACAAAUCUGUCUAACUCUAUCCACCUCACAGGUGUAGCAUAUCAAGAUGCUUAUUAGACAGCAUUAUUAUUGCACAGGUAUGCCUUAGGCUGGCCACAAUAAAAGGCCACUCUAAAAUGUGCAGUUUUACUGUAUUGGGGGUCAGUAUUUGGUGUGACCACCAUUUGCAAAUUUGUUCAGUGUAUUUUAUACCCAUUCUCAGUUUAAAGUCAACAUGAAGUGCUAUUUAUAACCAAUUUUAUUUUGGAGUCAAACAAAAUAUUAAAACAAAUGUAAAACAGGACUUUUUUAUUUGUCAGGAAUUGAUUGUUAAACAUGGACGUUUUAUAACUUAAAUGCAAUUUUUCAAAGAGUAUAUAGUAAGUGUUUUUAUGUGUGUAUAGGAACAUGCUAUAAGAAAGUAAAUAGUAUAAAUUUUGAUUUCAUGUUGACUUUAAAUUACAGAUUAACAUACACUAUAAGUAUUACACUACUGCAAGCUCUGAAAUAAGUUAAAGUUUUACACUCAAAAUACUGAAUAAAUCACUUAUUCAAAUACUAUGGGGCAGUUUCCUGGAUAGGGUUUAGAUUAAUCCAGGAUUAGAACAUUUAAGUAGCUUUACAAACAUACAGCAAAAUAUUACUGGUGUGAUGAGACAAAAAAGGCACUGCUUUUUUUAAGAUAUGUCAGUGCAAGAUGUUCAUGCAUUUCAAACAUGCAUUUUAGUCUGGUACUAGGAUAAACCCUGUCCAGGAAACCACCCCUAAAUCUGUUUAGAUGGGGUUUGUACCACUGUUGCUCAACUAAACCUCUAUGCACUGUGAUUUAUGCAAUACUUUAGCCUGGAUUAAUCUUACCUUUUUUGCUUUUUUGUCCCCAACUGCAGUUUUUCCGCAUAUUUGAUAGUAUUAGGCAAGUGUUUGGAAAGAAGAUGUCAAAAUAGCAGUCAAACCCAUGUGCCUACCGAUAUGCUGUAUACAGUGUCUCAGUUGCCUUAUUAUGUGUUUUCUAUACAACAUCUGAAUACAUCCUUGGCUCUGUUAUAAACCAUUAAGUCAUAUAUGAACCCUAAAUCAUAGCUGUUUAACAGAUAGACAUGCAUUUUGUGUCUGAAAUGUUAAGUGUGUUUUGGAAGAUCUCAAGAUUUGGAGCCAUACAAAUGUAUUGGAUGGUUUGGUCAAAUUUGCAUAAAAAAAGCUAUUUGUAAUUACUUGCAUUUCUGUAUAUGGGGCAUUCUCAAGAAACGUAGAAAAAUGUUUUGAAAAUGUAAAAAAAAUAACCAAAUAACCUUAACCGGUGACUCCACCAGAAGGGUUUUAAAUGGUUAUAACCCUGUCAUUUUCCAAGUAAGUGUAUGUGUGAUAUAUUUGAAACAAUAAAUACUGUAAAGCAUUCUGGUGGUAUCACUCAGGUUCCUUGUGCCUUAAAUAUUUGUUAUAAUUAUCAAAAAUAUCUUAUUACAAUCGAAAGACAAAAACUAAGACGUAUCGCUUUUUUCUUUUAAAAUGUUUAAUGUUUGGAUACAUUCAAAAUGUUGGGGUUGAAUGUACAGAUCAAUUCAAAACAAUCACAUUAUUUACAUUACACAAAAUGUAUUACUAUUCUCUUUAUUUCUGGAUCUCUUUAAAAACAAUGCCAGAAAAAUCAAACCAAUUUCAAUGAGGAAAAGAUGACAGCAUAACUGGAUUUCACAGAAAACUAAAUGCAAUUUGGAAACGAAAAGAUUUUACAUUUUUAAAGUUUAGCACCUGAGUAUUAUGGCACCUGAGAAUGACCCCUCCCUUUCUUCCCUACCUCUCUAUAUAUGUUCUUGGCUUUAUUACUCACCAGAGGGCCAGGACAUUGUAAUUUUUGUCAAUUUGUUUUAUUUUUUAUGUAUGAGGUGUUCAUGUUAACAGAAGACUCUAUUCAUUUAAUCAUUUUUAUUCA